CUCUUUAAGCUUUGGCUUGUUAGAGAGCAGCAGCUGCAGGCACUGGAGCAAAGGCAGCCUCUUCCAAUCUCCUCUUCCAUCUGCCCAGUUGGGAGGGCCUGUGUCCCACACAGCAGCUGUCCUGGAGGGUGCUGGGCUUUCCAGCAAUGAAGCCUCUCUAUCUUUCCCUGCUGAGUCCUUCAGGACCAGGUGCAGGGUGCUGAGGAAGCCCUAGAGGAGACACUCUGCUACAAGGGGCAGCAUGAGCCGGCUGCCACCAGCAGGGCCAUUGGAAACAGCAGCAGCAGAUGGCCUAUGCCCCAUCUGCCUGGGUAACCUUGAAAAUGCCACCUGUGUGGAGGUCUGCCGGCAUUACUUUUGCUUCAUCUGUAUCUGGGAAUGGGCCAAACUGACAGAGACCUGCCCAUUGUGCAAGCAGCCCUUCAAGCGACUGCUGCGCGCUGGGACAGCGGACAACAACCACGAGGAGCGAGUGGCUGGCAGGCUGGUCUGCCCGCCUCCAAAAGAAGGCAGCCAGGAUCCAGAGCAGAUGCCCAGAGCAGCGCUACAAGACGCAGGUGUGAUGACACCCAGCCCUCCAUGGGAAGAAGAGGGGCUGUGGGGACACACCGAGCGCAGAGAGAUCCAUAGCUGUGGGGCCCUCCGAUGCCACUUCUCAGCAGGCUGCUGCAGGCAGCACUGCUCAUGAGGGAGCACCACCGAGCACAAGGGAGCACCCGGCCAGCCCUGCUGCUACAUCAGACAACAGGUGCAGCAGCAGGGCUGCUGCAGCUCCUGCAACAGCCUGAUCUCUUUCACUUGCUAUAAACAGCCAGGCGCUUUCAA